CGCAUCAAAACAAAACGACCCUCUGCUUCUUCAACGGCGUUCGCGGCUUUUAGUCACAUUUUUAUCUGUACGACCGGCAAAAUUUCAUAAAAAUUAAUGCAUUGAUAUUCUAGUUUUCUGGCGGUAUUAGAUCUACUCUGUUCCUAAAUUAGAAUGUCGACAAGCAGCCCAAAUUCGCCAUCACUGCGCAGCCCGCUUGUCGACCGAACGUUGGAUCUGAAGCUUAACAUCCGGCGAGCACGGGAAUGUCUAGUUUGGGGAUCCAUCAACGUGGGUCUCCUGUCGGUGCUGCUGUUUGACAUCUCGAACAAGUGUCCGUACUCGUUUUCCCAGUGGUACUAUCUGGAAUACGCCGCAGCUGCUAUUCUGGGACUGAGUGUGGUGUACUACUUCGGUCGUUACUUCUACUACGUGUUCAGCAAGGAACCUCUACGGGGAACCGAAUUCCAACGGAAGCUGUUGAAAUUCGAGGUAGAUGAUACUUCCUUCAUUGCCACUACUCCCGCCGCGGCCAAGAAACCACCGGCGGCUAGUGCCGGUGUCACCCCAGCCAAUAUGUCUUCGGUGAGCUUGCACUCGUUCAACGACAGUGGAAUGUCGGCGGCCUCCUCCGGAUGGAUUUUCAAUCGCGGUAGUCCAAUGCAGCAACAGCAGUCUCAGCAGCAGGGAAACAUCUCACAGGGCGGGGGACUGUCCUCGUUCGGGCACCAUCAGUCAUUUGACGGUUCACUCAAUGCGAGUGCAAACAAUAAUUCGGGCACGUUUUUGCCGGCGAUCCGGAAACUGGGCAACAAGAGUGAUUUCAUCGUCGAUGAGAAAGGAUUGCAAACUUAUUUGAGGGAGGUAUCAAACGAAGAGAAGAACAACAGCGCCUUCCUCGAGAGGAUGAACAUUUCGGGUAGCAGUUUCAACUCGUUUUGGAACAGCUACAAGCUGGACGACAUGUCCAAUCUGUUGAAGACAUCGCUCUACCAGCUGUCUCCUUCCGCUCCUCCGAGCAAACAAACGAUGAAGGAACACGAAAGCGGCCCGUACAAUCCGAUCGAUGCCGACGUUAGCUCGGAAGUGCUGAAAAAAGUUUCCUCGGUGCAGCUGUCCAAUUACGUGGCAAAUCUUAGAAUGUGGAUUUCAAUGACCAUUCUGCAGCGGAUCGUGGCCGAAAUGCAGAGUAUCGAUCAUUCGUUCAAAACUCGAGGCUUCUCCGACAUUCAGCUGGGCAGUGUCGGUCUGGAGCGAUUGAAAAAGACGGCCGAAAACCAGCAGCUGGUAACCCUGUACAUCCCUAAGCUUCCGCUGUUGAUCCCGUUCUUGGAGAUGUCCACCAACCAGGAGUAUCUGGUGCAACGCAUCAAAGACCUAGCCAAGGGUAGUUGCAUCGCUGACUACCGGUGGAACUCGGGAUCUUCCUACAAGGGGGUCAACUGGGACGAACACCUACCGACGGAUUCCGCCAUCAUCUUCCAUCUGUUCUGCACCUACAUGGAUAGUCAGCUGCGACCACUACCUCAGCCCGGCGGUCGCCCGUUCUACAAUCGCUACGUCGUCAUCUCGGACAAAAAGAGCCCGAAGGAAACGCUGGCCGAGGUGGCCACCAAGAACAAAGCCAAAUGCGCCAUUCUGUGUUCGAAUCCGAUGAAGCCAAAGUUCAAUUUCGUUUCGGAUGACAAGAUUCACAACUGCGCCCAUGAUCGAAACAAUCUGUUUUACGUACUCAUUCAGUUCCUAAUCUACAUGAAAAAUCACCAGGAAGGUUUGGUCGAGGGAAUCAACCUCGGCAAAAGCGGUAUUAACAUUAUGUGUGUCCUCGAAGAUUAACCUAAUGUAAGACUUAGUAAGUAUUUUUUUUUCUUAGUCGUUAAGCUAACAUAACUAGGAAGUUUUGAUAUUGUUUCUGAAUUCAACAUGCGCAUUGUGGGUUGUA